GGUCACAUGACAGCGGCUACGGAGCCGGAAGCGGGAGCGGAGCGGGCGCCGGUAACACGGGACGGGACGGGACGGGACGGGACGGGACUGCCCAGCCCAGCUCGUAGGCGCUCACCGGCGGGAAAGGCCUGGCGGAGUGCCGGGAGCUGCUCGGCCGCAGGCUCUGCCCGGCCCGGUGAGAUACCGGCCCGGUGAGCCGGGGUGAUGCCAUGGCCGCUGCCGGCUCCAGCAGGGCCAGGGCCGGGCUGCCCUCUGAGAAGUCCCAGCUCUCUCUGAAAGUGGUGUCGGUGAAGCCCAAGGCUCACGGCCGCUCCUCGCGGCUCAGCUGCUACGUGGAGGUGGUGGCUGACGGGCUGCCCGGAGAGACCAGGAAGACCGGGAAGCAGAUUGGGAGCUCUGAGCUGCUGUGGAACGAGACCCUCACCCUGAAUGUCACAGCCCAGAGCCACCUGGACCUGAAGGUGUGGAGCUGCCAUACCCUGCGGAACGAGCUGCUGGGCGCUGCCUCCCUGGGCCUCGGCAGCCUCCUGAAGGGCGGAGGGAAACUGGAGAACAGGCAACUGACCCUGGACCUGCAGACAGAGAACAAAGGCAGUGUUGUCUCUGUCGGAGAGCUGACGAUUUUCCUGGACAGUCCUGCUGUUGAUCUGGGAUCCCUGCCUAAUGGCAGGGCCGUGACAGAGGGGUCCCAGGUGUCUGGACGAGACCCCAGCAGUGUGGCAGGUGCCACGGAGAGCAGACAGCAGCCUCCCAGUACAAACUGCUUUGGAAGCAGACCAAGGACACACAGACACACAGAUGGGGUGGUCAGGCAGAGCACCGGGAGUGGAGAGCAAAGUCCCAGUGCCAGGAGCCGGCACCGGCAGCCGGGCAAGAGCACGCAGCAGGCGGGCAUGGCCAACGGCACAGUGAACGGAGAUGCAGUGGGUCCUGCAGACACUGAGGAGGAGAGCCCAGCAGCGGGAGCAACCGUAGCGACGCCGGCAGCAGCACCCGUGGCUGAUGGCACCACUACUCCUGCCCUGCCCAGCUCUGGAGAGGCAGAGGAGGCAGCUCCCGGCUCCAGUGCCCCAGCGGCACGGGCAGCAGUGCCAGCCCUGGAUGCUCUGCCCCCCGGGUGGGAACAGCGAGAGCUGCCAAAUGGUAGAGUCUACUAUGUAGACCACAACAACAAGACCACCACAUGGGAGAGACCCCUUCCUCCUGGGUGGGAGAAGCGUGUGGAUCCUCGGGGGAGGUAUUACUAUGUGGACCACAACACCAGAACCACCACAUGGCAGCGCCCCACGGCUGAGUAUGUCAGGAACUAUGAGCAGUGGCAGUCCCAGCGAAACCAGCUCCAAGGAGCCAUGCAGCAGUUCAGCCAAAGAUUCCUGUACCAGUCGUCCGGCGCCCCGUCUGACAAUGAUCCUCUGGGUCCCCUUCCUCCUGGCUGGGAGAAGAGACAGGACAAUGGACGAGUGUAUUACGUGAACCACAACACACGGACCACCCAGUGGGAAGACCCUCGCACGCAGGGGAUGAUCCAGGAGCCGCCGCUGCCGCCUGGCUGGGAGAUGAAGUACACGAACGAGGGCGUGCGCUACUUCGUGGACCACAACACUCGCACCACCACCUUCAAGGACCCACGCCCUGGGUUUGAGUCUGGGAGCAAGCAGGGUGGCUCCCCAGGGGCAUACGACCGGAGCUUUCGCUGGAAGUACCACCAAUUCCGCUUCCUCUGCCACUCGAACGCAUUGCCCAGCCAUGUGAAGAUCAGCGUUUCUCGACAGACACUCUUUGAAGACUCCUUCCAGCAGAUCAUGAACAUGAAGCCGUACGACCUGCGCCGCCGCCUGUACAUCAUCAUGCGAGGAGAGGAGGGCCUGGACUAUGGCGGCAUCGCCAGGGAGUGGUUCUUCCUCCUGUCCCACGAGGUGCUCAACCCCAUGUACUGCCUCUUCGAGUAUGCUGGCAAGAACAACUACUGCCUGCAGAUCAACCCUGCCUCCUCCAUCAACCCUGACCACCUCACCUACUUCCGCUUCAUCGGCCGUUUCAUUGCCAUGGCUCUGUAUCAUGGGAAGUUCAUCGACACCGGCUUCACCUUGCCCUUCUACAAGCGGAUGCUGAACAAGCGGCCCACGCUGAAGGACCUGGAAUCCAUUGACCCAGAGUUUUACAACUCCAUUGUCUGGACAAAGGAGAACAACCUGGAGGAGUGUGGUCUGGAGCUGUACUUCAUCCAGGACAUGGAGAUCCUGGGCAAGGUGACCACCCAUGAGCUGAAGGAAGGUGGUGAGAGCAUCCGGGUGACAGAGGAGAACAAGGAAGAGUACAUCAUGCUGCUGACGGACUGGAGGUUCACGCGGGGCGUGGAGGAGCAGACCAAGGCUUUCCUGGAUGGCUUCAACGAGGUGGUGCCACUCGAAUGGCUGCGGUACUUUGAUGAGAAGGAGCUGGAGCUGAUGCUGUGUGGCAUGCAGGAGAUUGACAUGAAUGACUGGCAGAAGAAUACCAUCUACCGGCACUACACCAAGAACAGCAAACAGAUCCAGUGGUUCUGGCAGGUUGUUAAGGAGAUGGACAACGAGAAGAGGAUCCGGCUGCUGCAGUUCGUGACGGGGACGUGCCGCCUGCCCGUUGGGGGGUUUGCAGAGCUCAUUGGCAGCAAUGGGCCCCAGAAAUUCUGCAUUGAUAAAGUUGGCAAGGAGACGUGGCUGCCUCGGAGCCAUACAUGCUUUAACCGCCUGGAUCUCCCUCCCUACAAGAGCUACGAACAGCUGAAGGAGAAGCUGCUUUAUGCUAUUGAGGAGACGGAAGGAUUUGGACAGGAGUGAUGGAGUUUUGGUGCUUUCCUGGGGUGGGGAGGACCCUGGAGCACCUCUGGCCGUGAGGUCCUGCCCGUGGAGCCCAGCGCAGAGCCCUCUCCCCGGGAUGGUGCCGCAGGCAGCUGCCGAUGCUCUUGCUCUUGUUCCUGUGCGAGAUCUGCACUAACGCAGCCCCGGGGGACACGGGUCCACGUUUCCCUCCCCAGACACAUCCGAGGCGUGGUGGGGAGGUGGACGCAGAAGCCAGGCCAGGUUCUGCUCAUGAGGGGCAUGGGCUGAUGCCGCAGGGAUGGGGCAAAGCCUUGGCCAUGGCAGGCAGUGCACGGUGCACCGGGGCUCCCUGUUCCCCCCUUGCAGACACAGUUAAAGUGGCACAACUGAGAAAAAGUAUGAGUGGAAAUAUCUUUUAUCUUUCUUAUUUUGGCACAGGCCAUUUCCCCCUCCCCCAUGUUUUCUGCUUUUUCAUGGCAUUUUAAUAAAUGCAGGUGAGGAGUGGAAAUGGCUCUGGAACUGACUCUCAGGACCCUGUGGGUCCUGUCCUGCACCCAGCAAAGAUUACAGGGAACCCCUCAGAGGGUGCUGCUGGGGCUGGUGCACGGCAGGAGGGCUGGGAGGCCCCCUUCCAACACCAGAUCCACAUCUGCCCUGACCCAGGGCCAGCUCCACCAUGUCCAUCGUGUUUUGAUUUGCAAGUGUGUGGCCCCUGUGCUGUUGUAUUUAAGCAGUGUGUUGCUGGGAGCUGGUGCUCUGGGGCAGCCUCGGGGGCUGCAGUCAGGCUGGGGGCACCUCUGGCCUUUGCUUGGUUUGUGGGUCUGGCCUGAGCUCCCUCUGUCACUGGGUGGGCUGGUGGCAGGAGCUCCCAGAGCUGUAGGUGAGGGUUUCCAGGCUGUUGCCCCUCACCUGAACCCCAGCUCCCUGCACCCCAGCUCCCGGGGAGCGUUGCUGACGUUGCUGUAGGUAGCGGGAGGCCGCGGGACGAGACGCGGCGAUUGCAUUCGCCCGGUAACCAGGUGAUUUUGUACUGCCCCGUCCUGCCUCAGCCACAACGACUUCUUGUGCAAUAAAAGGAUAAGCAGCUGCC